AGCCAUGGUGUCGCAGCUGGAAGGGGCCAUGGAGACGCUCAUCAACGUCUUCCACCACUACUCGGGCAAGGAGGGGGACAAGUACAAGCUGAGCAAGAAGGAGCUGAAGGAGCUGCUGCAGAGCGAGCUGGGCUGCCUCCUGGAGACCCAGAAGGACACAGGUGCCGUGGAGAAGAUCAUGCAGGACCUGGAUGAGAACGGCGACGGGGAGGUGGACUUCCAGGAGUAUGUGGUCCUGGUGGCCGCCCUCACUGUGGCCUGCAACACCUUCUUCUGGGAGAACGCCUGACCCAGGCUGGUCUCCACCCUGCAGCAGCCAGCCAUGGCGUCCCCAAAACCCCGGCCCCCCCCCCCCCCCCCCCCCACCUCACCCUCCGCUCCCCAGCACACCCAGGGGAUCCCACUGGGAUCCAGCUCCACAAUAAAGGCACUGACC